AGCGGAACAAGGUCGUGAGGAGAGGAGUGCUUGCUGUACUGCCGCCAUUUCUUCGGCCUUCAGUCUCUGCGUCUUUCGCAGGGCUUCCAACAGCGCUAUGUUGGGACAAAGCAUCCAGAGGUUCACAGCCUCUGUGGUCCCUAGGAGCCACUAUGAGGAGGGUCCAGGGAAGAAUUUACCAUUUUCGGUGGAAAACAAGUGGCGGUUACUAGCUAUGAUGACUUUGUACCUUGGGUCUGGUUUUGCUGCACCUUUCUUUAUAGUAAGACACCAACUGCUUAAAAAAUAAUCUGUGAAACAGAUAUGAAGAGGAGCAUUUUAAAAUGUGCAGUCUAUGAAAAAAGGAAUCGAACUCUUGAAUUUAGCAUCCUAGAUAUGUUUGUAAAUAAACUCAUGGCAUAAAUCCUUAAUGCCUCUUCUCUGAAAUAUGAAACAUGAUAAUUGAGAUGUGCUUUUUAUUUG